CAUCCUCCAUACAUCAGUGACAGGCUGUGUUGUUAGAAAUCCUACACAAGUCCCAAAGAUCUGCUUCCCCUUUAUUAUAUUGUUUCUUCGUUUAGCCUUAGCCUUUUCUCCUUGGCACUUAAAUGCUGUUUUGACGACAGCAUUUUGCUGAAUGUCUGCCCCACAACCCCAAUCGUCUUCAUUUCAUUGAGGCCCAAAUGCUUUCUUCCUCAACUUGACGUGAAUCAGAUCAGUUUCAGCAGUCUGUCCAACUCCCAGCUGUGCAUGAAGGGCCAACUGAGCUGACCGGCUUUUAAUGUCUCUACAAAACUCUUAACUGUCACAGUUUUCCAAGCAAGAAAACUGCGUCCACACUCCACUGUGAAGUGUAAACCACCCCACCUUCGCUAAAGAUCAGACCCCUUCUCUCAGUGAAGAAACAGAGAGCUCCUCAUGAUGGUCCGUUGUUUGCUUCUGCUACCACUUGUUCUAACAUGGAGCUUGCUGUCCCAGUCCACACACCAGUUGCAGCCAUCACAGAGACAGGUGCUUCUUCAGCUGAGGAAGCAUUUGGAGUACCCAACUCAGCUCGAAGCUUGGAACACUCCUGGAGCUGAUCUCUGCUACUCGACACCAUCGAGGAUGGUCAACAUCUCAUGCCAGGACAAUUUCGUCACUGAGCUCACAAUCAUGGGGGAUAAGCCAUCAUCCAACUCCAACCAGACCUUGUCUUCUACCUUCUCCAUGGACUCCUUUGUCGCCACUCUCGCCAGGCUAACCAGCUUGAGGGUCCUUAGCCUCGUCUCCUUAGGCAUUUGGGGUCCUCUCCCUGACAAAAUCCACAGGCUGUCUUCACUCCAACACCUCGAUUUAAGCUCCAACCAUCUCUUCGGCAUUCUUCCACCCAAGAUCUCGACUAUGGUAAAGCUUCAAACUUUAAUCCUCGACGACAAUUUCUUCAACCAUACGGCACUACCCACCUCCUUAUUCGAUCCACCGCUCUCCAAUCUCACGGUUUUGAGCUUGAGGAACAAUAAAUUCAGGGGUCCGUUGUUAGGGAACAGCCUUGAAGCUUUAACCAAGCUUCAAGUGCUGGAUUUGAGUGUUAACAGCUUCGAUUCUGAUCUGCCGUUGCUGCCCAAGGGAAUACUCAUGGCCAUUUUGAGCAACAACUCGUUUCAAGGCAAGAUUCCCCGGCAGUACAGCCAGCUGACUCAGCUUCAGCACCUUGAUGUUUCCUUCAACGAGAUAGUUGGAGAGGUUCCUGCUUCUGUUGUUUCACUGUCGAACAUCAGGUUCCUGAACUUGGGAUCAAACAUGCUGAGUGGUCCCAUCCCAAACAGUCUUAGAUGUGGACAAAACCUUCAAUUUGUGGACAUCUCGAAUAACAGGUUAACUGGUGGAUUGCCUUCUUCUUCUUGCUUGGUAACUACUGGUUCGGAGAAGAGUAGAUUGGUGAAGCUUGGUGGGAAUUGCUUGUCCAGUUCCUUAGAUCGCCAACAAUAUCCACAAUCGUAUUGCAUGGAGCUUCCAGUUGCUGUGGCCAGGGAGCAAUCUCAAGGGAGAAGAAGUAGAAGCGUGGGAGUAAUAGUUGGGGUGGUGGCUGCAGUUGUUGCUAUGGUUGCACUUCUGGGUUUGGGUUUUGUCGUUGUUGGGAGGAAGUACUGUUUCAGAGAGGUUUCUGAGCGGCAUCUGUUGCACAAGGUAGGAGUGCAAGAUAACCCGCCUGUUGCUUCUGGGUUCUCCCCUGAGCUACUCUCCACUGCAAGGUUCAUUACUGAAGUUUCCAAAGUGGGUGAUAGUCAAGGUCUUCCAGCUUGCAGGUCAUUUGGUACACAAGAGUUGAAGAAAGCUACCAACAACUUUGACAGCUCUACCUUUCUGGGUCAAGGUUAUUAUGGAAAGCUAUACAAAGGAAGGUUGGAAGAUGGAACCCAAGUGGUAAUAAGGUGCUUGCCUACAUCAAAGAAGUACACAACUCGAAACCUUAAGCUGAGGCUGGAUUUACUGGCGAAACUUCGUCAUCCACAUCUGGUCUGUCUUCUGGGACACUGCAUUGACAAUGGAGGAAGCCAAGAUGAUUAUAGAGUUGACCAAGUCUUCCUUGUAUAUGAACAUAUUUCCAACGGGAAUCUGCAGACUCAUCUCUUUGAAGAAAGCCCAGGAAAGGCACUGAAUUGGUCUGAGAGAUUAGCAGCGGUCAUUGGUGUGGCUAAGGCUGUCCACUUUCUGCAUACUGGUGUUAUUCCUGGAUUUUUCAACAACCGGUUGAAGACGCAUAAUAUCCUUGUCAAUGAGCAUGGAAUGGCCAAGUUGGGUGAUUAUGGACUGUCAAUUGUAACAGAUGAGCCCAGGAGUUCCAUGGACAAUGAAGGACUUGGUUCCUGGCAGACAUCGAAAGACGAAGACGACAUCCAUGGCUUUGGGUUCAUACUCCUUCAAUCACUUACUAGCAAUUCAGUAUCUGCGGAGAGGGACGAGUUCCUGGCACAAAAAUUGGCAGCUUGUACCAGCCAAGAAAGCAGAGCAGAGUUGAUAAACCCAACGGUACUUGCAACUGCCUCACAAGAAUCAUUGGCAACUGUGAUAUCCAUAACAGACAAAUGCAUCAGUCCUGAAUCGGCAUCAUGCCGGCCCUCCUUUGAGGACAUACUAUGGAACUUGCAGUAUGCAGCUCAGGUUCAAGCUACUUCAGAUGAACAGAGACCUGCUGAUCUUGUAUCAUAAUUGCUGCUUCUUUAAAUAAACUCUUUUCUAUUGAUAUUCUCGUGGCAGGAAUAGCACCAACACUACCUCUUGUAUUUGUUCAGUUUAAAUCCCUCUGUUAUCAUUUGGUAUUAGUCAUAAUUAUUAAUAUAAAUAAUAAAGGUAAGCGAAGCCAAUCAACCAACUUUCUGCAGUUUCCCUGAACGAACGAACUUUUGCAAACUUGCCAUUCAGUAGUAGUUUCUGUCAACAUCACAGGGCAUAAUGCAGUCGAGUAACUAACAGUGUGAAGAGAAUACUGACAACUGGUUAUGGUAGUUGCUAGUAGAAUAGGUGGAUGAGUAGCAAAAUUUCCAUCUCGUAAUUGAGUUUGCGGUGGCUAACUAGCUGCUAUACACAUUACUUUGCAUUUACAAACCAUUUUGGUGCCUGCCUCCAUCGGAAAGAUGGGUUUAUGGGGAGAGAUUCUACCGCAGAAAAGGGGGAGCAAUGAGCUUCUUGUUGGAAGAGUGUACAGCAUUUAGUUCCUCUAGGUGUAGCGCAGCCAACAGUCCUUGCCAAGUAUCCCUUGGAGCAGUGCUCACUUGGAAGUCCAGAAGCCUUUUCUCCUUCUGGUAAUAAGCUUCAAGUGGCUUGCUCUGGCAAAACACCGAAAUUGGAAUGUUAAAACAAAGCUCAGCUGUCACUGUAUGUCCUGGACCGCAACUUCUUGACAUAAAUUUAUGCAUGAAAAGAACAGCAGAGAAUGGUAAUGUGGUUAACCCUCGCACAUUGCUUCACCUUUGAACAUGGAAACAGUUUGAGGGGUCUCUACAUAAUUUGCUAUCAUGCAAAUUAUAUGGAAGAUUCAGUUUAGCAAUGUACUCCAUCCCACGACAAGAAUUGCACUAUCAAUCAGCAAGAAGAUUGAAAGAAAUCAUCAAUCAAGCUCAAGACAUCUUAUGGUCGUCUCUAUCUAUGUUAAUCUCUGAGAAGAAGAAAGAAUUGCCAGACCA